AUGUCCCUUUUUGGCAGCUCGCCGUCAGAUGAGUCGCCCGACUUGCGAUCGAGCAACUUCCCCAAUAGCAGAUCCUCACUUUUCGACCACGAACCGCCAAUGACCAAGUCCACCACUUCGGCCUUGUUCGCCGACGAUGACCCUGGUUCCGACUCGCCAUGGGACAUGCCGCCGCCCCGUAGACAGCAAACACGCGCCGACGUUAUUCGCCGUCUUCUCCCCGCUUCCGACGUGCCCGAUGCCUACAUCGUGGUCUUUGACAAGGUUGUCGCUGAGGAUGGCCGCGGAGGGCGCAUCACCGCGGGGGGAGUUGCGAGAACCCUGGCCGCCGCAAAGCUCGGCGCCGACGCCCAAGCGCGAAUAAUGGCCAUCGUUGCGCAGGGCGGCAGCGGCGAAGAAGUGUCUCUGGACAGGAAUCAAUUUAAUGUGCUGCUCGCCCUGAUUGGCCUCGCGCAAGAAGGCGAAGGAGUUAGUCUCGAUGGGGUAGACGAGCGACGCCGGGAUCUUCCCCAGCCAACACUUCACGGCCUCAUCGAGAAUAGACCAGGCCUACCACACCUUGAAGAAUUGGCCGCGAAGCCGCCGCAACAAACCGCAACACCCCCGAGAGCCCCCGAGCCCGCCUCUCCAGCACGGCACCGCAGCGUCAGAAAGCCAUCGAUGGACUACCCCGAAGACCCGUGGAAUAGCCCGGACCUACACAGGAACCACAACCACGGCCCCGAGCUGCCGCGGCCGAAUGGCCACGACAGGUCUGCAUCGGCCGGUCCCCUGCACGGGGGUGGUUUUGGAACCAGCCCCCAGGCGACUUUGCCGCGCCGGACCACGUCCACAUUUACAACUAGCGUCCCUCCGUCAGGUGCUGGCUCGGUUACGGAAGCGCCUACUGCGUGGGGGUAUCUCGAUCCCAACCCGCCGGCCGCCGCCGAGUUCAACGCGCCGCCGUCCCAUCCCACGGCUCCGUUUGGCGGCAUCCCCCCUAGCGCAGUCGCCCAGGAGGCGGCUGCUGUCCAGCCCCCGACGCCAGCCAUCAACAGAACCAUCGGCGGAGGUCGGAACGGAGCGGCUGUGGAAGAGCACGUCCUGGUGACACUAAUGCCGGAGAAGGAGGGCGUGUUCUUUUUCCAGCACCACAACUACGAGGUAACCAGUUCAAGGAGGGGAAGCAAGGUCGUUCGCCGGUACAGCGAUUUUGUGUGGCUGCUGGACUGCCUGCACAAACGGUACCCCUUCCGGGUGCUGCCGUUGUUGCCGCCGAAGAGGGUUGCUGUCAACGGCAACCACCUAUCCAACGAUGGCGCCUUCAUAGAAAAAAGGCGCCGCGGCCUGGCAAGGUUCCUGAAUACACUCGUCCGCCAUCCCGUGCUUGGCCAGGAACAACUGGUCAUCAUGUUCCUCACGGUCCCAACUGAACUCGCCGUCUGGCGCAAGCAAGCGACCAUCUCGGUGCUUGACGAAUUCGCCGGCCGGCCCCUACCCCCCGGGCUCGAAGACUCCCUGCCGCCCACGCUCGAAGAGCUCUUCGCGCGCACCCGCGCCGGCGUGAAGCGGGAGCGCCGAGCUUGCGAUGAGCCGCCACCUGCGGACCGCGCAGAGCUGAUCGAGGACGAGGCGCGCGCCUGGGAGAGCGGCGUGCUCGAGGACCUCAAGCGCCAGCGCGACGCCCUCGUCAGCCUGCGCGAGCUCUUUGACCGCCGCGAGCGCCUCGACAAGGACAACAUCCCCUACCUCGAGAAGCGUAUUGCGGCGAACGAGACGAAGCUGUCGUCGUUGCGGGCGAAGCCUGAGGGCCUGGUCAAGCCGGGCGAGGUGGAGAAGGUUGUCGAGGCGAUCAUCAAGGACAAGGAGUCGAUCGUCAACCAGCACAACCGGUCUGUCUUCGUCCAGGAGUGCGUGCGAGAUGAACUGAGCUACUUCCAACACACCCAGUAUAACGUCUCGCGAUGGAACCAGGAUUGGGCCCAGGAGCGGGUCAAGUACUCGGAGCUGCUGGCCGACAACUGGCGCCGCCUGCUGGACGGCCUCGAGGGGAUGCCCCUUGGUGAUUAG